GACCACAAUCCACAAUCACAAAUAACUCACGGAUGGCCGGUCGGGCCCAACUUACUGCGGCAAUGGCUGCCACCGGCUCUUGGACCCCUGGCAAAACCUGGGAAAAGCAUUGCUUCACAAAUCUCGGCUAGUUUCUCUCUUUUCUCACAACUCUCCUGACUAGAACAGACUAGAUGGAAGCUAUUUGCGGGUGCGGCUUCAUUGCCAGCGCAAUUCCGGUCAAUCCAACCGACGGUUGACUGAGAUGAGCCAUCCUUAUUGGUCAACGAGGAGGAGUGUCGAUAGAAAGACCUAAAAAAGGGUCCACACUGGGUCGCUUGAACUAUUUGAUCUCCUGAGUUCCCCCUCUGGCAAGAAAUUGAAGAUAAUCAGAUCUCUUCAUCCCACUGACAAUUGUCUCUUCGCAAGAUGGUCCGACUCUUGAGCUCGACCUUGGUUCUCCUCGCUGCACUGCAGGUGAGUGGAGCCAGUCCAUCGGUUGUGACCCUCACAUCGAGCUAUACCAGCACCGCGGUAACGACUAUCACCACCUCCAUCCCAAGUGUCUCCAUCACCAGCACUUGCACCUGGGGUACUGUCGCUCCGACGGGUUGUGCCAAUACCAUCUGGUAUGAUGCAGGAAACUACUGGUCGGCCACGUGCACUACCUCCGCCUACAGUGCCAGUACCACCAAGAUGACCUACUCCUGGGUCAGCGUGGACGCGUGCACCGAUGCGUGCACCCACUACAGCAACUGCGCGGGCGUCAACUGGGAUGACAGCGAAACCUGCCGGAUCCUUGCCGGGUCACUGGAAUUGGUGCCAGCCUCAAGCAGUGUUUUGGCCGUCGAGCUCUUUCUUUUCGACCCCUGUACUUCGCGAGUGACCUCGUAUGUCCCGGAGACUUUGACUCGCACCUCGACUUCAGAGUAUACAUCUUUGAUCGUCUCCACCCUCACUCCCACUCCCACUCCCACUUCGACUCGGGGUGACACCCCGACGCCUACCCCAUCGACGUCGGUGCAUCUCAUACACUCUGCGUCGAGUGCUCCGGUUCUGUUCCCGCCCACAUCAGGGCGUUCGAGCUCCUCAGCUCCCGCCACCCUUUUACAGUCAUCCGGAAGCCCUUUGGCGAUCUCGUCAUCCAUUGUCAGCACCAGAUCGCCCGCCACCGUCUCCCCUAUGACCAGCGCUGCACCCGCACCAUCCAGCGCGCCGGAGGAGGUUGAAACUCUGUAUUCUACCAUUUACACCACCGAAUUGGUGACUUUCUUCACGGAGUGUGCGUUCUAAUCGACAUUCAAUGAUUGUACAUCAACAUCCUCUGAAUCGGCAUCGAUGGAGGCAUGAGAUUAGGACGUUGGGCAUCGAUGAUGGACUCGGUGGGCUCGAGCUCGAAGAAAGGCGCUCAAAGAUCGCAU